CAGCAACUGGGGCGCGUCUUCUCGUUUCCCCUACCGUCUCUUGCCGUCUACUACAGAGAGAGAGAGCAUGUUUUCUCACUUCGACGGGCAGUACCGCUCCAGACCUCGCGUGUCCCUCAGAGGAGCCAGUAAACAGGCAAGCAGAACCUCGUUUCCCACGACUGAUGCUCUUUUGAUAUUUGUUUUUUGGGUGAAGGAGGCGAAGGACACGUUGCUACAGAGGGCACACCUAGAGAGAGAACAGAGAGAGAAUGCCCGGCGACGCACUGCAGCUGCGGUCUCGGUCCAGUCCUUGUAUCGAGGCCACAGAGACAGAGAGAAACAGUAUGGUGUCUUUAGAGCUCAGUUUGACAAUAGUACAGCAGGCAAUGACCUACAGUCCCUCUCUCGACUGCUAAUCAUCUUCUACACUGAGAGAAAAGACCAUAGCAGACUA